AUGACAACACUGUCAGGUCUUACAGUGCAAGAACUAGAGACACUCUCGUCCAAGGCCAUCGCUGCAAAGGCCAAUGCUUAUUGCCCUUAUUCCAAAUUCCGCGUUGGCGCAUGUGUUCUCACUAAGACUGGCGAGUAUAUUACUGGUGCCAAUGUCGAAAAUGUCGCAUAUCCUGUUGGGACCUGUGCGGAAAGGGUAGCUUUCGGUACCGCGGUCGUAAGUACUUGA